CUGCCUGGUUUGUUUCUGUGAGCAGGGUGGAGGAUUGUUGACGUUUUGUUUAUGAUUUGUAGGUUAUUUAAGGGAAAUCUCUCUUUGAGAAUGUCUCUGUGAACCUGGAAGCAUUUCUGUUUACUCUGAAAUGAAGUUUGUCCCUCUGUAGAGGCCGUAGUUGUAAACAAACAUGGCGGCGGACAGCGAGGAGGACUUUGUGAGUUUCGGGACUCCGCUGGAGCCUCUGGAAGAAGACGAGCCCCUGAAGAAGCCGGUGCCGCUGCACGAGCAGACGGUGAAGGAUGAGAAGGGGCGGUACCAGCGGUUCCACGGGGCGUUCACUGGAGGCUUCUCAGCCGGAUACUUCAACACGGUCGGAUCCAAGGAAGGCUGGACCCCAUCAACCUUUGUGUCGUCACGGCAACAGAAAGCUGAAAAGCACCAUGCCAGACCUGAGGACUUCAUGGAUGAGGAGGACUUCGGCGAGCACGGCAUCGCCCCCAGAGAGAUCACCACCAGCCAGGAGUUCUCGUCCAGCCGCAGAGACCCGGCUGCAGAGAAGGCGAGGGCCGUGGGCGCCCAGGCGGCGCUGAUCCCUGGGGACUCGCUGCUGGAAGAGCUCAUCGCUCCGGCCAGGUCGUCCGUCGGCGUGGAGCUGCUGACUAGGAUGGGCUGGAAGGAGGGCCAGGGCAUCGGGCCGCGCCUGAAGAGGAAACCCCGGCGCCAGCUGCCAGUGACAGCCGGAGUUUGUAAAACCUACAGUUGUGCGCUGCCCCCUGCUGGUUCGGAGGAGUCAGAGGAGGACGACGAGGAGUUUGCUCCAGAGGAUGUGACCUUUGCCCCUAAGGAUGUGACUCCGGUGGACUUCAGCCCGCGGCUGGGGGUACAAGGCCUGGGGUACCGCGGUCUGGACCCGUGCCUGGCGCUGCCAGGCCAGGACGCGGACCGGCACGUCCACCUGUUCCGGCCCCAGUCCGAGACCCGGAGCCGGCUGUUUGGAGACCGACCCGGCGGGUCCAAGAGGGGAGGGGUCGCCGGGCAGGUGGGCUUCAACCCUCCUCAGGCUUUAACAGGUGGACACCUGGCUGGUGUUCACCUGACCUUUGACCCGCAGGCGUUCGGUGUGGGAGCGCUGGAGGACGAGGACGAAGACGUCUAUCACAGAGACUCCAUGUCCAGAUACGACACGGUGCUGAAAGACGAGGAGCCUGGAGACGGUCUGUACGGCUGGACGGCUCCGCAGCAAUACACCCGGAGGGCAGACAGAUCUAGAGACGCGGCGUACCUGGGGAAGAUCCUGGACGGGUUCACUCUGGCCCAGAAGCCUCUGGAGCAGAAAACGGUCUUCCCUCCACCAAACCUCCCCAGAGACUACCGUCCCGUCCAUUUCUUCCGUCCUCCAGUGAACGUGUCCAGGCUGUGUGGGGUCAGCCCGGCGCUGGCCGAGGCCCUCAGGAGCUCCAGGGGCCACAUGGUGAAGGAGGAGGCGCAGCAGGGCGGCCGCCACCAGCUAGACUCUGGCCAGAGGGGGGCGCUGCUGGGAGAGGACGCCCUGCAAGGUUCUGGUUCUGGUUCUGAACCUGGUUCUGUCAUGGACCUGCUGCGACCCGAGGACCGCCAGCGCCUGCUCAACCUCCGGACCGCCACCGCCCAGAGGCCCUCCCAGGCUCCGCCCCCCGGGCCGGCUCCGCCCCUCUCCGGCCUCCAGCAGGAGGCGCUGGCGGCCUGGAGAGGCUCCUCCUCUUCCUCCUCCUCUUCCUCGCAGAGCUUCAAGCCGUUUGAGAACACGCCGGGGAAGCAGGUGCGCUAUGAGCGCUACCUGAGCCGUCUGCAGCAGGGCGACGCAGGCGCCCUGGAGCAAAGUCUGGACCCGGCCAUGACGGAGUGGGAGCGCGGCCGCGAGCGUGAGGAGUUCCUCAGGGCCUCCAUCUUGUACCGGCCGUCUUCCUCCUCGCUGUCGACCCGCUUCACUCGCGCCCAGCAGCCAGACGCCGAGGACGCCGGCCGCGACCAGCAGGGCGACAGCCAGCAGGCGGCUAGCGGGACGUUUGGGAAGCUGACCAGAGAGACUCUGGAGUGGCAUCCGGAUCGGCUGCUGUGCAAGAGGUUCAACGUCCCAGACCCGUAUCCCGGGUCGGCGCUGGUAGGGCUGCCAAAGGUCAAAAGGGACAAGUUCUCCGUGUUUGACUUCCUGACGGUCUCAGAGCACCAGGAGGCGACAGCUCCCCCAAAGCCUCUGGAGGAGAAGAAGUCCAGGUGGGACGUUUCCAAGGAGACGGGCCGCACCCAGAACCAGGCCGGGUCCAAACCCACCGGGCCAGCGCCGGACCACUGCCCAUCUCCUCCUCAGGGGGCGCCAGCAGAGCCGCACACAGCCAAGGAGGAAGAGGAGGAGGAGGAGGAAGAGCGGCCUUCCAUGGAUCUGUUCAGAGCCAUCUUCAUCACCUCCUCCGAGGAGCAGUCCUCCUCUUCAUCAGAGGAAGAUGGUGAUGAAGACGAGGAGGCAAAGGGAGACGAAGAACCAGUGAAGCUGUUUGGCAUCGCCUCCUCUCCCUCCUCCAGCCGCCUCGCAGGUCCUGACCUCUCGUCCUCUGUGGAUUUUCCCAGCAUGCCUCUGGCUCUCAGCUCCUCUUCCGCCCAGAUGCCGAGCCGGGAGGAAGAGGAGGAGUUUGGACCCAAGCUGCCGCCUCCUUCAGCAGCUGACGCCACAGGAGGUGCCACCGCCUCCUACCAGAGGAGCAACAGGAGGAGCAAAGAGAAGAAGCAGAAGAAGAAGCAGCAGAAACACAGGAAAGAGAAGAAGAAGAAGAAACACAGGAAGCACAAGGCGAAGCAGCAGAAGAAGAGUCGGGAGGAGGAGUCCAGCAGCUCUGAGGACGGCGAAGGCGUUCAGCCGUCCACAGGCGACCUGCUGAAAAGGCUAAAGAGCAUCCGGACCCUGAACACCUGGUGACCCACAGAGUCUCUCUUCUUCUGCUGUCUAAUAAACACCUGAAUCAUCUGA